UUGAGAUUUCUGGGUAUCAUUUGUGCAGUUGCCACAAUGGUGAGAGCUGUGGCACAAAGCAUUCUCCUUGGACUGUUGCUGGCUUUUGUCACCACAGCACCAAACAAGGAGGACUGGGACAUCUACAGUUUCCAUAUCAACUCCACCGUGACCAGUCGUUAUGCCAUCACUGUCAUCACCAGCCGAGUGGUCAAUCGCAUGGACGAGCCUAAAGAAAUAGAAUUCCAUGUUCGAAUUCCCAAGAAUGCCUUCAUCAGUAAAUUCAGAAUGCUUAUCGAUGGACAGAUGUAUGAUGGCAUUGUGAAAGCCAAGGAGGAAGCUCAGCAGCAGUACAAUGAGGCUGUGUCCCGUGGCCAAAGUGCUGGUCUGGUCAGUUCUGUGGGGAGGACCCUUGAGGAAUUUAAGACAUCCGUUACUGUGGCUGCUCUCCAAAAGGUGACCUUUGAACUCACCUAUGAAGAACUGCUGAUACGCAGGCUUGGCAAGUAUGAGUUGCAAAUCCAUGCUAGACCCAUGCAGCCUGUCAAAGACUUCAAGAUUGACAUACACAUAAACGAGAAGGCAGGCAUUAAUUUCCUGGAGGUUAAAGGAGGACUAAGCACCAAAACCCUUGCUAAUGCAAUCACCAAAACACAGACUCAUGAUCAGGCAUGGGUGUACUUCUACCCAACAGAGGACCAGCAGAAAAUCUGUGACAGCUGUGGAGAGCAGGGUAUGAAUGGCGAUCUGGUUAUUGUUUAUGAUGUCCUCAGAUCGAACCCACUGGGAGAAAUCAAGGAGUCAGAUGGAUACUUUGUCCAUCACUUUGCCCCAGGUGAUCUUCCCCGCAUACCAAAGAAUGUCGUCUUCAUUAUUGAUCGAAGCGGCUCCAUGCACGGCAGAAAAAUUGAACAGACCCGUGCAGCAUUACUCCAAAUCUUAGGUGACCUAGCGGAAGAUGACUACUUUGGUCUGAUCACUUUUAAUGGCAACAUUUCUCCCUGGAAAAGAGAACUUCUCCAGGCCACACAGAGCAACCUGGAUGCUGCCAAGGAUUUUGCAAGAAAAAUUAGAGAUUCAGGAGCCACUAACAUUAAUGAUGCAGUGUUGGAAGGAGCACGUAUGCUAAAUGAAUACACAAGAGAAGGUUCAGCAUCUCUCCUUAUACUUCUCACUGAUGGAGACCCAACUACAGGGGUGACAAAUAUUCAAAAAAUACAGUCAAAUGUAAGAGAGGCCAUAGACAAGAAAUUCCCACUCUACUGUCUUGGGUUUGGAUUUGAUGUAAAUUUUGAGUUCCUUGAGAAGAUGGCACUGGAGAACAGCGGUGUGGCACGACGUAUUUAUGAGGACUUUGAUGCUGACCUGCAGCUGAGGGGUUUCUAUGAAGAGGUGGCCACUCCUCUCUUGACAGAUGUAAUGAUGAUCUAUAUUGGUGGGACAAAUCUCACCCAGACCAACUUCAGCCAGUAUUAUAACGGCUCUGAGAUUGUGGUGGCUGGUCAGAUCACUGACAACAGUAUUGAAACAUUCAGUCCACAGGUUGUGGCCAUUUCGUUAAACCGUAAGGUGGAGUUUACUGACAAAAAUGCCACUGUGGAUUCCACUGGAACAGUUUUGAACGACAACAUCAAGAGAGUUUGGGCAUUUCUAACUGUGAAACAGCUCCUGGAGAAAGAGUUGCAGUUAGCUGGGGCUGAGAAGAUGAAAGUGAGAAAAGAGGCCCUGGAACUAUCUCUGAAAUACAGCUUUGUGACUCCUCUCACCUCCAUGGUGGUCACCAAGCCUCCAGGGGAGGACACACAAGUCCUCCACAAACCCAAAGAGGGAGAGGAACCACAGACAUCUCAUGGCUCUCGCCCCUUUGUAAGGGGGGGGUUACGUGCCUCUUCUGGCAUGCGCAAAGCAAGUGGAUCAAGACAGGGCAAAAUGCACCCACAGCUGAUGACUAGACUCAUGACAGCCUCUGACCUAUUACACUAUCCACCCAUGUACCAUGGUAUCACCCAGCUUUCUGGAUCCAGCGUUGAAGGAAUGCCUGCUGCUGGAAGCCCACGUACUAGUGUUAACCGUGGCAGGGCUUUCGAUUUUGUUCCUACAAUGACACGUUCAGUUGAUCUUGACGAUGAGCAAACUGCUGCAACUGAGAAACCUACACUGCACAGGUUUCUGUUGAGAGCUGAGAAUCAAACCCUCCCGCUGUGUUAUGAUGUGACUGGACCUCUGCGGCUUAAACUACUGCAUGAUCCCAAUGGAGAGCUGUCGGUGAAUGGUGAGCUUGACUCGACAGCAUAUAGUGGCUUCCGGAAGAUUGCCAUCCACUACAAAAGUGACCAGCACAUUGAGUUUGACACUACUGGUAUCACUGUACGGGACGGACAGUCGGUGAAAUUUUUCCACUGGGGGCAGGACCACACUUCAGUCGGAAGUACGACAGUGAUUAUGCGGGACAAGGAGACAGAUGUCUCAGCGGGAGAUGCACGUAUGAUCAUCUUACUUCAUGAGAGAAAGGGAGAGAAAUUCCUCUGGCCGGCCAUGAGACAGUUUCCAUCAGGCAACAGCACUGACGGACUUUUAAGCCUGAAGCCGGCAGUUUACGAGGAGAUCCAACAAACUCGCUCGCCAAAACUAAGGAUCAAUGGCCAGGAGAUUAAUGUUAUUAGAGCUGAUGCUGUGGACUACAGCAUUAGCGCAACCCCGUCACAGCAGUGCUGGCUUGUUCUUCCUCGGUCUGUCUUGCAGAGAGAGCUGAGUGACUUCAUUGUCACACAGUUGUAACCGGAGACCAGAGAUGGCAAACCAACUGAAUAUCUCGCUUUCCUGUUUUUCUUCUUUUUUUUUUAAAGGAAACAAACAUAACCCAAAAUCCUGUGUUGCACAUCAAUACUAGACAUUUAUCUGUAUGUGACUAACAACAACAAAUACAUGAUCUUUGGUUUUCUCUGUUGGCUAACUUGCUUUGUGCUGUGUGGACAUACUUAAUCUUUAGUCCAGCUAUGAUCCAGAUCCAGCAAAUCCAGCAAACAAAUAGCAAAUAGCUCAUUUUACUUCCAUGAAAAUUUUGUACAUUCACACUGCAAUAUUACGGAUCCCAACACAUUUCUGGGCAAGAUAUGCUCUCACGGUUAAGGUUAGGGUUAUGUUUGGGUGAGGUGCUGAUUUCACAUUUUUCAUGGUGAGGCUAGCAAAUGGGUAAUAGGCACGGUGAAUUUUCUGAACAAUCACAGCCUGUGUCGGCACAUCUUGCCCAGAGCUUUUUUGGUUUCAUCAUUAGGUGUUUCUAACAACACAG